AUGGCCCUCAAACUCAAGCUUAAGGUCAAUCCGUCAGCGUCUCGCGAAGACUCACAAGAAAAUGACCAACCUACCCUUCCGCGAAUCAAAAUUAAGCCUCCCAAGGCCGAACCUACAGAUGGAGUGUCCAAACCCAAGAAGAAGGAGAAACUCAAGAAGCUCAAAAUCAGCUUAGGAAAGGCGCUGCUGUCUUCCCAAAUGUCAGAUACACCCACAUCGUCCUCCCAGACACAACCCAUUUUGAAACGUGUGCCAAAGGUGAGAAUUAAACCCACUAGAAUCCCAGGAGAAGGCUAUGACUCGGAAGCACCAGAUAUCGAAGACGAUCCAUUGAUUGAACAGGGAAUCGUGGUGAGAUUUGCAAAUGACGUCAACCUAGAUUUCAUUCACAAUGCUGCCGAUACAGGCGAUUUCUCCAAUGUUAAUAUCAAGUGGAUCACCAGAGAUAAAGCAGUGGUCAAUGUUAACCUGACGUUAUACUCUGCUCGACUUAUCGACCUUCCCACGUUGACCGAGCUUUACAAAACUGUUGACAAGAAGAAUAUUUUCAAAACGAUAGAUAUCAGUCAGGUAUUGCUCGUUUUGCACCAAAUCAACCCGAAACAGUUGAAUAUGGACCAAGACUUCGAGGUACCGGAAGAAUACACCUAUGUUCACCCGCUCUACAAGCUUUCAGUCAACAAGGAAAUCAGAAACACGAAAUCCGUUUAUAGGAACGGUUUGGCAUAUGCAUACGAGGACGUGUACCGUAGAUUCCGUCCCAAAAAGACCAAUCCUCGUGUAAUGGCCGAUAUCGAGCUGCGUGUGGACGAGCUUGUUCGGAGAGACCAGGAUGCACAGGAAAGCCACUAUGAAUACGUGGAUUCUCGUGCACCUACGCAUAAGUACGGGGGCUCUAGUAGCCAACCUCCAGCUUCGGUAUCUACUACUCCGAGACCCAGAAUGGAAGAGGGAGACAGAAUGGAAAUCGACAGAGAGGAAGAGGAAGAGGAUGAAGACGAGCAUCAAAUCGCACUUGAUCUUGAGGCUGACAUCGAUAACGUGCUAGAGCAAGAGCUCGCGGAAGCGCUUGAUUCCACUUCGAACAACGCUGCUGCUACCGUUUUGAUGAAGUCUGAGUUUGACAACGAAGAUGGAGCAUCCGAUGCUGGCGAAGAGGAGGAGCAAGCAGAUGACGAUGACGAUGACGAUGAGGAAGAAGAAGAAGAAGAGGAGGAUGAGGAUGAGGAUGAGGACGAAGACACCAAGCAAGAUAAAUCGCGGGUCAAGAAGCUCGAGGAGGAGAUCUCUGAUCUUGAGCGUGCAGCAGAUAAACAGAAGGUGUUACUUGCAACCGCAAGUUUCAAGAUGAUGAGAAUGAAGUUUCAGUCCGCUUAUAACAACUUGAAGGGACAGCUUGAUCAGAAGAAGAGAGAAUUAGCUAAGAUCAGAGAGCAACAACAGAAGUCACAGAUGACAAUCGUUCCAAAUUCCAAGAAUGACGAGGAGGACGACGAAGAAGAUGAAGAUGACGAAGAUGAAGAUGAAGAAAACGAUCAUGAUGAAGGAACAGGUCCUCAAGAUUCUGAGGUUGCCGAGUCGGUAGCCAAGCCGACGGAAUUUACGGAGAUUGACAAUGAGGCCGAUGCCGAUGAUGACGAUAACGACGAUAUCGAUGACUUUGGAGGACUUUUCUAG